AAGAAAACUAUCAUGAGACCGAAAUUUUGCAGAUACAGUAUUUGCCGAGGAAUUGUCAAUUCUUCUCUGAAAAAUAAACUGAGCAAAAUUUCAUUAUGAAACUGAAUGGAGCUUAUAUCAUCAAACUUCAUUUUAAGAGUAUUUUAUCAGUUUCAGAAGCGAUAUGCCGACUUCCUAAAGAUGUGGGUUCAUGUAAAAGUAACAUAGACAGAUGGUAUUUCGACACUCUGAAAGGCGAAUGCGAAAUUUUCAGCUAUAGCGGUUGUGAUGGAAAUUUGAAUAACUUCAAUACGCUGGAGCAAUGCCAAACUCUAUGUGCCAAGUAUCAAAAGGAGCUAUGGACAACCACAGAACUGAAGAAAAAAGUCCCGGAAGCAGAUAUCUCCAGUGUUCUAACCUACAACUACCAGAACGAUGCAAACGCUAUGUCUAUCAUCACGGCUUUGACUCCGAACCAGCAGAAGCGUGACGAUAUUAUUCCUAAAGCGAAGAGCAAUUGCGAAGUUUCUAAAUGGAGUAAUUGGAGCGCUUGCAAUACCACAACUGCCAAGUGCGGAAUUGGAUUUAGAGAGAAAUAUAGAUAUAUUCUGAUUUUAUGGAAAGCACCUCAGAAAGGAAAUGGUUGCAUAAAAUUCAAGGCAACCGUUGUGGAAUCUGUCGACACCUGGUUCAGCGAAGAAGGAAAGUUGUCGAGGGUUUUGUGUGAAGAAUCUCCAGAUAGUGACGACACUCAACCAAAAAUUCUCAAGCAUUGCUGCACCUGUGAUGAGGCAAAAUAUGAGGUGAAUUUUCUUAAAAAAACAACAUUUUCCCACUGA